AUGUUCCGAAUACUCGAAUCGCAAGCGCCGGCCAAACAAACGGCAACGGACACGAUCAACACAUUGAGCAGUAGGCUCCAGAGCGUCACAUUGCUCGAAGACCGACGAGCGGCGAUACUGGGAUUGAGGAGCUUUGCAAAGAUCUACCCGGCUUCUGUUGCGUCGGAGUCGCUUCGACCUUUGAUCAGUAGCCUCCGAAAUGACCAAGAGGAUGUGGACACGGUUAAAGUGAUCUUGGAGACCUUGUUGAACUUGUUUUCUCCAGAUGAGAAUAGCCCCGAAGCGUCCGAUGAGAUAGCCCUUUGGCUCGCCGAUGAGUUUACUCAACGACAAGAUAACAUCACCACACUCCUUGACCUCCUCGAAACGAACGAUUUCUACUCCCGUCUAUAUUCCCUUCAGUUGAUCUCCCUCAUCUCGAGCGCACGACCCGAAAGAACUCAGGAAUGUAUAUUUACCGCGCCACUGGGAAUCCCAAGGCUAGUUAGCGCUCUGAAUGAUGUGCGUGAGCCUGUUCGCAAUGAAGCCCUAGUUUUACUUAUCGCCUUGACGCCAUCCUCCGAAGAACUUCAGAAAUUAGUCGCCUUUGAGAAUGCCUUCGAAACAGUCUUCUCCUUGAUCGAAGCGGAAGGAGCACUAACGCAUGGUUCGGAAGUUGUAGAAGACUGUCUGGCCUUGCUAGCAAACCUCUUGAGGCUGAACAUUUCGAAUCAAUCGUACUUCCGGGAAACAGGCUGCGUGAAGAGGCUGGCGAAACUUCUUGCCGAUGUUAACCAGGAACAAGAUCCAGAUGAACCAUCACCGUGGAUCCUCGCUCAUCGCGACAAGAAUAUAUGGGGCACAUUAGCUAUCAUCCAAUUAUUCUUGGCGAAGGGUGGAGUCAAUACGCCUGCAAACCAGAUGGUAUUCUGGCAUAAUGGUGUUAUGGAACAAGUGUUGAAUUUAGCUUUCGGUCAGCGGUUCACUGUCAAUAUCACGUCCAAGGCAUUGGCAACAUGUGCCGAUUUAAUCCGAGGCAAUCCAGGUUUGCAAGAACAGUUUGGAGACGUUGAAGUUCUCUGGGGAAGUGAACCGACCAGCGAACGCACUCCAAAUGGCGAGGUCAUGGUCAAUGGCUUCCAGCGAAUUAACGUGAUUGAAGCUCUACUCAAGUUAAGCCUCGAGCCUGCGUCUAUUCAGCAGUUAGAUGCGCGUCUUGCUGCUUGUGAAUGUAUAAAAGCUUUCUUUGCCAACCAUAGUGGAAUCCGACAGCACGUUCUGCGACGAGCAAUUGAUGGACACCUCAGCGGUCAAGAUGAAAUUCCUAACAUUUUGUCUGUCCUGCUUACUCCACCAGAGUCCCGUGGCAACGCAGAUCUGUAUCAAACUUGGAUGGCUUCCGUUUUGAUGUUCCAUUUGAUUUUCGAGGAUCCUGAGGCAAAAUCAAUUGCCAUGAAAGUGACAGAGGGAGAUGCCGAAAGUGGUGAAGAGGUUAUCACUUGUGUACAGACUAUUGUGGGCCACCUGAUUACUGGCAUGCAAAGAGGCGAUGACGAGAGGAUAUCUGUAGGAUAUCUGAUGCUACUAUGUGGAUGGCUUUUUGAAGACCCUGAUGUGGUUAACGAUUUCCUAGGCGAAGGUAGCAGCAUCCAAACUCUGCUGCAGGAAACAAAGCUCCGUGGUGUCUCGAAUGUCCUUGUGCCUGGCCUCUCUACUAUUCUGCUGGGUAUUAUAUACGAAUUUUCUUCAAAGGACUCCCCGAUUCCACGGGAAACGCUACAUAAGCUGUUAAUGGAGCAGAUGGGAAGAGAACCGUAUAUCGACAAGAUAACCCGAUUCAGAGAGUCGCCGCUGGUCCGCGAUUUCGAAGUCUUGCCACAAACUGUGGGAGCAACACAGCAUGAUGGGGGACUGCCUGACAUCUUUUUUGACCGGACAUUUAUCGAUUUUCUCAAAGAUAACUUCAGCCGCAUGCUCCGCGCAAUCGAUCGUGAGCCUGGUCUAGAGAUUUCUGUUAUCUCAAACGGCGUCCAAAGAGGAAUCUCACGAGAAAUGGUCGACUCCCUGCGUUCUGAGCUGGAAGAUCGAAGCCAAGCAGUGCAGAAGUUGGAAGCAGACCUACUCAGCCUGAAACGGAAGCUUGAGCAAGAACAAUCCGAGCUCAUGAGGGCGAUGGAUUCCAAUUCAGUGGAGACUUCUCGGAUCAAGCAAAUAAACGAGGCGCUACAGCGGAACCACGAGCAAGAGCUACGAAGGUUGGAAGAACAACACAACCAGGCGAAGAAUGGGCUUCUCAAGCAGCACGGCGAUCAGUUGCGGGCUCUGGAUAGCCAGUUAAAAGAAAUUUCCGCGGACCGCGAGAAGAGGGGCCAGCAGUAUGAAGCUGAGAUAGCGGAACUGCAGGAGACCAUCAAUUUGCUCGAGUCCGACAUUACUCGAUCCAAGGAGCAGCAGACCACUGAAUCGGCUCGUUUGCAAAAAAUCAUCCAGUCCCUGGAGUCUGGUCUUUCGCAAUCCAGGGAACAACAGGCCAGUGAAGUGGAUCGGUUGCAGAAGACGAUCCAGUCCUUGGGGGCUGAUCUUUCCCAAGCCAGAGAGCAGGCUGGUGAAGUUGCUAACUUACAAAAAACGAUCCAGUCUCUGGAGUACGAUCUCGUUAGCGCCCAGGAGCAACAUGCAGGCGAGAAUGCUAACUUGAGAGGUACCAUCGAGAAAUUGGAGUCUGACGCUGGUCAAUUCAGAGAACAGCAUGCUAUCGGUCUCGCGAACAAGGACAAAGCAAUCCGGGACCUUCAAUCAGACAUGGAAGCACUCAAGAAGCAGCACGAAAAAGAAGUUGCAGACCAGAAAGUUAUGAUCGAGACAUUACAAACCGACCUUGACAAGGCUAAGGAUAAGUUCACGAAUGAUACCAAAGCCAUCCACGACGAAUAUUCCGGCAAACUGUCUGCGCUAGAAAAGCGUGCUGAGGAAGCAGAGCGCAAGGCCGAGGAGGCAGAAGCCAACGCGAAGAAGCAAGCUGAAGAAGCCUCACUUAAGAGCGAAUCUGCAGACGCAGAUGGAAAGAAAACUGCUAAAGAACUCAAGGACCUACGCGCAGAGCUUGACAAAGCGAAAUCUCAACUAAAACAGGCGGAACAGAAAGGAGGCUCAGCAAAUGCCGAUGCAAAGAAGACUGCCAAGGAACUCGAAAACCUACGCAAAGAGCUCGACAAGGCGAAAUCCCAGAUAAUGGAAGCAGAGCAGAAGGGAAGCUCCGAUGCAAAGAAGGCUGCCAAAGAACUUCAGGAUUUACAGACGGAGUUUGAUAAGGCAAGGGUUCAGAUCAAACAGGCAGAGCAGAAAGGAGCUACCACCAAUGCCAGUACCGAGAAGAAUGCUCAGGAACUUGAGAGUCUACGCUCGGAGCUUGACACGGCGAAGUCGCAACUCAAGGAGGCAGAACAGAUGGGAGAAGACGCAGAUGCAGACGCAAAGAAGAAUGUCCAAGAACUCAAGGAUCUACGGAUACAACUCGAGAAAGCAAACUCCCAGAUAAAGGAGGCAAAAGAGGCCAGUAAUUCCUCGCAGUCUGAGCUGGACAAGGCCAAGUCGGAGGCAAAGGAGAAGGAAGACGCGCGCAAGGCUGCGCAAUCGGAACUUGAGGAUCUCCUAAUUGUGUUUGGCGAUUUGGAGGCGAAGAGGGAGCAAGAUAAGAAACGUCUUAAGGAUCUCGGGCAGGAGGUGUCUGAGGCUGAGGAUGACGACGAAGAUGACGAAGAGGAGGGCUAUGAUGAAUAA